AUGAGUUCAAUUAAUCUCGAUGAUGAUGAUCUUAUCAUAUUUGAUUCCUUAGAUGAUGAUAAUAAUGAAUAUCAUUCACCUGCCAUAUCAAAAUUAUCAAUAAGUGAUUGUCAAUCAAUUGAUUACUUAUCACCAAUAGAAUCAAAUAAUAAAAAAAUGUCAGAUAUUACAGAUUUACUAAAUUCAACAGAUUUCGAUGAUAAACAAGAUAAUCCAGAAUUAAUAUCAACUGAUAUUAUAAAUUCUAUACGUACACAUAAUUUAGAAAAUGAUCAAGAUAAUUAUGAAACAUACCAAUGGGAAAGUGAAGAAAAUUAUUUAAAAUAUGGUUCAAAACAAUUAUCACCCAAUGAUUAUUUAACUCGUACAUCACUUUAUAAUCGUCCGGUUGCUUUUGAAAAAGAUUCACGUGUAUGGGCACGAAGUUUAUUAGAUAAUUUUAAAAAAUCUAAAUCAACUAAUUUUCCGUAUUAUUUUCCUACAAUAAAAUCUUCAUCAUUCAAUCAUCAUGUUCAAUAUAUUGAACAUUUAAAUGAAUGUAAUGAUUAUCCAGCAUAUUUAGAAUAUUUAAGAGAAAAUCGUUCACAAUUAUUCUAUACAUUAACUGAUUCAAUUGAUAUUAUUGAUGGUUUAAUUGGAACAGCUGUUUCAUCAUUUUGA